AUGGUGCCCUUAUUUAAGGACCAAUGGAUGCUGAAUGGCAUUUACCAAGCCAUCAUGUUGUCGAAACAUCAGGUUACUCUGAACCCUUCGCUGAUAAGCGCCGCUUUGUGUUUUUGGGAUAGUACUUCAAACUCAUUUGCCUUUGGCCCUGGGCCCAUGACUCCCACCGUUCUAGAUGUGGCGGCCCUGUUUGGCUUUAGACCCCAUGGGCUUAGUAUCGAUGCUGUAUCUGAUUUCAAACUGAAGAAUCGGAAAGUUAGGGUUCCAAUGAAGGCUAGAGCGUCCGAGAUUAUGCAUCUGAGGACGUAUUCGGGCUUCGUGAUGACCUAUCAAGGUGUGGAUGAUCCAGAUCAGGAGCACAUGAUGUUUCUGCUUUUUUGGUUGAACAAAUUCAUUUUUCCUCAUGCUGAUGAAGGCGUCAGAACUGAGUUUAUGUAUUUGGCUGAAGCUCUUCACAACAAAUCAGACUUGGCAACCGGGCCUUUUAUGUUGGCGUCACUAUACCAUUGUCUUUAUCGGAUUACUGUUGAUCCAUUCGACUUAAAUGUAUGUGGCCCUAUUUGGAUGCUUCAGAUGUGGCUGGAGUGGUACUUCCCAGAGCUGGGAAGUGCAGGCUUGGAGUUUUUGGAAGAAGAUGUUCAAGAGGGUGAUGCUCCUGCCAUUAUAUUGGCUACUAGGUCGAGAAGGUUGGUCAGUACUGCAGAGUGUUUUAUUUUCUUCAGAGAGUGUAGGCAGUGUCCUAAGGCAAUCUGGCUUCGUUCCCUGUUGGGAUCCAUGUUUUGGUUUGCAGAGAGAGGUCUCCAUGAGGCUCCUCGUCAUUGGAAACAUCUUCUUGAUUUUCAGUCUCAGCUGCAUGUUGACAUGAGUGUUUCCUGCUUGUCCAGCAGAGAUAUUUUCUUUGGAAGGGCUUGUUCUGAUAGAACUUGCACCUAUGGGGCGGAAGCUUACAAUCCUCAAUAUGCGAGUCGUCAGUUUGGGCUCGUUCAGGCCAUUCCCGAAUUAUUGUAUAGCUCAAUUAAUAGAGGGAGCUCAAGGCGGAAUAUGUCGAUGACUCCUCAAGAAAUUGGGUCAGCGAGGUCCUCGGGGCGGAGCCGAGGUGAGAGAAUGAGAGUACCUCCUUACGAUCCUUCCCCACUUUGUACCUCUGCAUUUCAUGAGUUCUGGCAAGAUAGGCUAUCUUCUUGGCUACCUGAGUCUGCAAAGCUCUUCUAUGCUUCAACAUUCCAGGACUGCCCUUUUGCCAUAUUGAUGACUGAACAAGAAGAAUAUCAUAUGCAACACAACCUGGUGCACUACCAAGGCGAAGCCAUAAUAGAAACCGCUACCGACGAGCUGUGUAACCCUGAUUCGAAUGGUAAGCCUUUGUUGAUCUCUUUUCAGAUUCUGAGCGGAACUAACUGUAUCAAUGCCUCUUUUGUAGUCCAAGAUGCCAUUCCCGAUGAUGCUAACAACCCAAUAUUGCCCCCUAGCUCUCUCAGUCCUUCUUCUGUCCCUAGCCCGAGAUCGCUAAACAAAGGAAAGGCUCCCUUGGAAUGUCCUAGUGAGGAUGACGAAGAUAGUGAUGAUGAUGAUGAUGAAACCCCGCUUCAGAGGAAACGCAUAGCCCCAGAUCGUGAUUCAAUCCCUGUGGAUGUUGCAAGUAAGAGGGCGAGGGUAGAAUCGUCUGCUGAUACUGACGAAGCACUUCUGGUGGGCCCAGAAGAAGUGUCUCAGCGUCCGGGCAAGGAAGAGAUUUUUGGUCCUUUUGUCUCUGAAGCGCCCAAAAUGGUGGUAUUGAAAGUGAGGACCAUCAAACUUGAGGACGGAGUCGACCUUCCUCCUUAUCAAUCACCUUCUGAACUAGACCGUCCAGAUUCUGCUGCUGCUGCGAAGGCACUUUCGAGGUUGGAUCCCCUUUUUCGAGACUUUGGCAUGCCAGGGACUCAUGGGUCUAGAUCCGAACCUUCUUUUUCGAGACCUCAUGGGCCUAGAUCUGAACACUCAUCUAAUCUUACUAGCGCUGCGGGCAAACGCAUUAUCAUGGAGCUGAAUCGAUCUGAUGUGGUACUGGCUAAUGCGGUACAUGAUCUUAGGUCUCUCUGGAACAUAAUUCGAGCUCCCGAGUUUGAUCCUGUGACCGACCCUGACACCCUAUUUGGGAUGUUGCCUCAAAUCCAUCAGAUUGCUCUGGUAAAGCCCCAUCUUGGUCCUACAUGCAAGCAUAUGGAGCAGUGGUUGAGCAGGACUCUGAAGCACAUUUGCAUUAUCAAAGAAAUUCUUCCUGCUGCCAAGGACCCAGAAGAGAUUUUGGAGGACCACUGGGAUCGCAAGGAAGGGUUCGUGGAUUUGGAUGAGGCUACUGAAAAGGUCUUAGAUCAGCUUGACGUUUUGGAGAAGGAAGAAGAAGGCUUGAGGGCUGAUAUCUCUGCUGAUCUUCAAUUGAAGGCAGAGAUGGAGGCUAAGCUGAAGGACAUUUGGGCCCAAAUUACUGCUAGUGGCUCUACUGCUCAAGAGAUAACUUCUCGGGCCUUUCGGGCUUGGCUGGCUCGAAAAAUGAUGGUUUCUGCCCGACGUGCCCUAGAUAUCGAUAUGGAGGAGCUGGCACAUCUAAUUGUCACCAUUUUAGAAUUUCUUGGUUGA